UUGUUGAAAAUGUGGAGGGAAAACACCAUACUCCUUCUCCUCCUCCUGUUCCAACAAAACUGCCUCGCCGCCAACCACCACCAACCACCAUGUCCCCCGUCAUCAUGCGGCAAACUCCUCAACAUAUCCUACCCAUUCCGCCUCAAAACCGACCCGACCCACUGCGGCGACCGCCGCUACCAGCUAGACUGCGACACCACCACCACCGGUCCAACCCUAACUCUUCCCUCAGGAAAAUUCUACGUACAAGAAAUCGAUUACAAGCGAUUCACACUCCAAUUAACCGAUGCGGGUGCAGUGGAAGACGCUGCGUGCUCCUUCAUCCCUCGCAAUUUCCUCUACCAACGCAGCUUCAAGGAUUUCAUCGGUCCAGAUGAUUUCGGAUCAGAACCGUUCGUUUUGUCCUCACAUCCUCCAUCAAUAGCUUACCUGAAUUGUUCCAAUUCCGUCGCUGAUGAUGAUCCUCGAUACGUGAAGGUGAAGGUGGACACGAAUCGGUGUGGUGCUCCCGGGUAUGAGAAUGUCUAUGCGGUGGUGGAGCCAUCUGUGAGUGACAUUAGGGUUGGGUGCGGUCUUGUGGUGGCUACGCUGGGUCGUGGUUGGAGGAAGGGGGAGAUUGAGAACGGGAACGUUUCCUAUGGUGAUAUCCAUAGGAUGCUUGUUGAGGGAGUUACGGUGUCGUGGUUGCCUGUGAUUUGUGAAGAUCGCUGUGGAAAGAGAACCAGAUGCGAGGUUGUCUAUGACGGUGAUGGUGAUGAAUUGGAAUCAGAAGGAAAAGUUCAGUGUGAUAAGCGCUAUUGCCAUUACACCUACCACACAACUGACAAGUGUGGACUUUCGCAACAGAUUCUUGGUUAUACUCGAGCUUAUCUUAAAGGCAUUAUUAUCGGAAUUGGCAGUAGAAUCACAUUUAGCACAAAACAACUAGGCAGGCCAGUGGACCUUCAAUAUUUUGAUGAAGGAGUGUUCAUAGGACGAAAUAUUCUAGCACCAUUAAUUGCAGCCAAAUAUCUAUUUGGAGUUGCACUUCUCCUUGCGUUAUUGCUCUAUAAGUGGCGAAGAAGGCACUUGUCAGUGUAUGAAAACAUUGAACAUUUCUUGGUAGACAGCAAUUUAAGCCCCAUUAGGUACGAGUACAAAGAAAUCAAGAAAAUGACCAGAGGUUUCAAUGUGAAAUUGGGUCAAGGAGGAUUCGGAUCUGUGUACAAAGGUAAGCUACGAAGUGGACUUGAUGUAGCCAUAAAGAUGCUGACCAAAUCCAAUGCUAAUGGCCAAGAUUUUAUCAGUGAAGUAGCUACCAUUGGAAGAAUACAUCACAUUAAUGUGGUGCGUCUUGUUGGAUAUUGUGUUGAUGGAAAAAAGCGUGCUCUUGUUUAUGAAUUCAUGCCUAAUGGGUCAUUGGACAAGUACAUUUUCUCUAAAGAAGGAAGUGCCUGGUUAAGUUAUGAUCAAAUAUAUGAAAUUUCUCUUGGGAUAGCUCGUGGGGUGGCGUAUCUUCAUCAAGGGUGUGAUAUGCAAAUUCUGCAUUUUGACAUCAAGCCUCACAACAUUCUUCUAGAUAAAGAUUUCAUUCCAAAGGUUUCUGAUUUUGGACUUGCCAAGCUGUAUAAUGUGAAUGAUAGCAUUGUCACUUUGACAGCAGCGAGAGGAACUUUGGGUUACAUGGCUCCGGAAUUGUUCUACAAAAAUAUUGGAGGUGUGUCUUACAAGGCUGAUGUGUAUAGCUUUGGAAUGCUUUUAAUGGAAAUGGCGGGUAGGAGGAGGAACUCAAAUCCUCAUGCAGAGCAUUCUAGCCAACAGUACUUCCCAUUUUGGAUCUAUGAUCAGUUUCAAGAAGGGAAAGAUGUUGAGAUGGAAGAAUAUGCGUCCGAAGAGGGAAAGGCUUUAGCAAAAAAGAUAUUCAUGGUUGCACUUUGGUGUGUUCAGUUUAAACCGAGUGAUCGUCCUUCGAUGAAGAAGGUAGUAGAGAUGCUUGAAGGGCCAAUUGAAAGCCUUGAAAUGCCUCCAGCAAGGCCUUCUUUUUAUCCAAGUGAAACAUUUAAACAUGAUGGUGGAAGCAAUUCUGACCGAACAUCAUGGAGUGGUUCCACUAGUUCUGAUAGGUAUCUUGGCGAAACCUUAACUAAUCAGUCAUUGGAGAAUAGUGCUUGACAAAAUCUGUCUCAAAUUUAGUCUGUUAUAAACUUAUUAGUUAUUCAAGUUAGAUCCAAAAUUAAUUCAUAUUAGAUGGCGGUAGAACUAUUGUAUUAGCGCCAAUGUAUUUAGAUAUAAGAAUGAUUUUGUAGAAGUUAUUAGUUAGUGUUGGUCUAGAUCAUGAUCCUCUUUGAUUUCAUCCUGGGGUAAAGAAAUGUAGUUUUGCUGCCAUUCUUCAAUACACAUUACACUUUACUUA